GAUGGCAGCCAACUCACUCACCCCGUGCUGCUGGCCGCCUUUGUUUCCUUGCAAAGUUGGUAAACUUUCCAUUCUUUUUAUUGGUUAUGGCAGGGCGCUUUGACGAGCUCCGGCCGCUAGGGGGAGCUCCCUCUGCACAAAGUCCUCCCUGCUGCUGCUGCUGAUUUCUCCCUCUCUGGUCGCCUCGGUGCUGCAUGACUUCCUCCCCCACGUCCCAAAUCUCUGGGGGAGAUUUCUCCUCCUGCUCGAUUUGGCUGUUUGGACAUCCAUGCCUGCUUGCUGCUGCUGGGACCUUGCACACUUGUAGAUGAUGUGGGGCAGCAUAGUGCCUUGCCAGUGCUUCACGUUACUUGUGGGCGUCCAACUUGCUACCGGAUGUGCCCCAGGCAAUCGAGCCUGCGAAAAUGCCAAUUUCUCCACUGUGGAUGCCUGGGUCUGCUCCCUGCUUGGCUCUCUGCUUGUGGGGCUUAGCGGUGUGUUCCCCCUCCUGGUGAUUCCCAUUGAAGCAAGUGCAGCACUCACCUCUGAAGAGGGCACCAGGAAGCUCAAGCAGCUGCUGAGUUUCGCCAUUGGCGGGUUACUAGGUGAUGUGUUCGUACACCUUCUGCCAGAGGCUUGGGCCUACACCUGCAGUGCGACCACAGGAAGCGCCCAGACUCUCCAGCAACAGAGGCUGCUCGGACUGUGGGUUAUCAUUGGGUUUCUCACCUUCCUCAUACUGGAGAAAACCUUUUCAGAUGAAGGAGACAAACAGAAAACGAGCGCCGGUUCCGCUCCAAAAGCGGUCACAGACAUCUUACAGAAUGGAAAGCAUGAAGUGAGGAGAAAGCAGAAUCCCGUGGAACAGAGAUCUGUAGGUGGCAAUAUUAAGGUGUGCGGCUACCUCAAUCUGCUGGCAAACACCAUUGAUAACUUCACGCAUGGUAUGGCUGUGGCAGGCAGUUUCCUGGUCAGCAGAAAGGUGGGAAUUCUCACCACCGCGGCCAUCUUGUUACAUGAGAUUCCUCAUGAGGUGGGGGAUUUCGCCAUCCUCCUUCGUGCUGGCUUUGACCGCUGGAGUGCAGCAAAGAUGCAAGUAAUGACGGCCAUGGGUGGCUUCCUGGGGGCGGGCUUCGCCAUCUGUGCGCAGUCGCCCAAAGGAGCUGGUGAAGCUGUGGCCUGGAUUUUACCAUUUACGUCCGGGGGAUUUCUGUACAUUGCCUUGGUUAACGUAUUGCCUGACCUCCUAGAAGAGAAGAAUACUCGGAAUUCUCUGGUCCAGGUUUUACUGAUAAGCUGUGGGAUUGCGGUGAUGACCGUAUUAUCAUUAACGGUUGAAUGACGGCAGCAGAUCACACAGAGACGAGACUACUCUACUCUAUUCUGCAGUACUGGGAGUCCAAGGCAAGGGAUACUGGCUUCGAAAAUCCCCUGGAUGGGGGCAAAGUUGAGCUAUGACGACGGUUUUCACUCUGGGACAUUCCCCGUUCCACACUCCUGAACCCCUCCAACGGUCACUGGGGAACCGCACAACAGGCAGUGACUGAGGGAGCUACAAAUUCACUUUAGCAUCUUGGCUUGUCCAUUCCUCCUCCCGUGCACACACAAGCUGCCAAGUCUUUUCCAUGCAAGUAUGUUAUCAGACGUCUGCUGUGUAUAUGACUUCAGCAUGUAUUCAUGCUUGUCUGCCUCCUUUAUGUUUGCUGGCUUUUCUCUUUCCUGCGUGCGUCCGUGCCUCCGCUCCAGCUUCUUCCUGUUACAUAUUGAUGGCUGUGUAUACUGUAUGGUGAGCAGUGCACAGGGAGAUGUCUUUAAAACGUGCAAUUACAUUAGAGGGUUCUAGGAGAACCAAGAGACUGAAGUGACCGAGAUAAUGUUAUUUUUAUUAUGAGAGGCUAUUUUACAAAUACAGCAUUUUAUAGCUUACAGGUCAAAAACCUGAUGGCACAAAAAAUUAACAAAGUUUGUUAAUUACUGUUACAGAUUUUAUACAUAGAUAAAACCACUGAUUAUUUUUAGAUGGUUUAUUUAACUAGAUUUUAUCUCACUGAAAGCAAUAAAGAGAGAGAGUGAGAAGUCUUUCUGGUUGGCUUUGUAUUAGGCAGACCAUGUGAUGGUAUAUACAGUAGAAAGUGCUUUUUCACCCUGCGCCCUCUGGACUCUGAACGGACAGCACUUCAAUCAUUGUAGCUCAUAGUGACCUCUUUCUCGGCUACAAAUCCCACAAAGUCUAGGCAAGUCUUGUUCAGGGGGUCAAAGGAGUUUUAGCUUCAAGAUGGCUGUCCAAGGUUGCCUUGUGAACUUGAGAAGUUUACUUCCUAUUGAGUGGUACAUGGGUUCACAGCAGUUGCGCCCAGUUACGUGAGCAAGCACUGUGCGUGUUACUUUAUAUAAAUAAUAUAUGUACAUAUGUAUAAAGAUGGUUUUUACAAGAGUUGGAAUAGAUCUAAUUUUGCAUACCUCUUUAUGAAAACGAUGUGGAGAGAGAUUUCUUAUAUACUUUUGCAUGUCUUAAUAAAAAAAAGUUUCUAUUUA